UUUAAGGCUACAUAGAUUCAUUGAAACACGUUCAGACGUGCUUUAUGUUGACAAAAUGAACACAAAAGUGUUUAAAAACGUGUUGAGGACACCACCGAUUGAAAAGUUUGAAUAUGUCUCAAGAAAAGAGUGGGGGGCUCGACAGCCUCUACGUGAAGUGGAGAAGCUAAACUACAAGUUCCCACUUCCUUUCGUAGUGCUAACGUACACCAACACCCCACCUUGCACAAGUGUGGAGCAGUGUAAACGGAGUUUGAGGAAGAUUCAGACGCUCAAUAUGUAUGAAGAUGACCUUCCUGACAUUAAAUAUAACUGGUUGGUGGGGAAUGACGGCCACAUAUACGAGGGACUGGGAUGGGAUUUUGCUGCGACAUGGAAUGACCCUCGUCAUGAUCGCUACAGACUCAACAGUGUGACCUUUGCCUUCAUGGAUGACAUGUCAGGAGAGGUGCCUAACCCAAACGCCAUGGUUGCGUUACGAUUCCUGGCGGUAGAAGGGGCGAAGAAGAAUUUCAUAAAACAUCCAAUCACAUACGUUCGCAUGUUCGCAAAGGAGGAUGAGGACAUGGGACAGGAGCUGUUAAAGUGAUGUCCACAGUA